GUUUCAGGCAUGCCAAUUCUCAGCACCUGGGAGACGUCUGGGGGGCUGAGAGUGGGAUCUUGAAAAAAAAAAGGGGGGGGAAGAAAUCUAAGCCCCCUCCCCUCUCUGAAUCCCUCCAACCCCAGUCCUUUCCCCUGUCCUCACUCCAGGCUAGGGCUCCUGUGGCCGGCUUUUUAGCCGCACCCCGCCCUCCCUUGUCUUGCUCUCUCCCUCCCUCCUGGUUCACUAGCCCUAGUCCGUCUCUGCCUUUUCCCGGUCGGUCUCCGCAGGCUGAGCGCCUCUCCCACCCCUCCCACCCCCAACCCCCCCCGCGCUGGCCAAAAGGAGAAGACCUCGCUCUACUUCUCUCCUUUCCGCGGUGCGGUGCCAGAUCGGAGAGCCUCUUGGUUAAAAGGGGGGCAAAAGAGGGAGGGAAGGUGGGAGAGUGAGCCUGAGGGGCAGGAGCGGAGAGCAAAGGCAGCGUAUCCUCUGAGCUGGGCACGAUGUCCAAGGGGCGAGUGGCGUCGCUGGAGCGGAGGCAGGUAGAGGAGGUGCCGGAGCGCAGCGCGCUGCUCCAAGCCACUUCUUCAGAAUGAAGGCUGGUUGGAGGAGGCGACUCGAGCCGCGAUGUCGGUGCCGCUGCUCAAGAUUGGGGUUGUGCUGAGCACCAUGGCCAUGAUCACCAACUGGAUGUCUCAGACGCUGCCUUCGCUGGUGGGGCUCAACACCACGAAGUUGACCGCGGCCAGUGGGGGGACGCUGGAUAGGAGCACCGGUGUGUUGCCUACCAACCCGGAGGAAAGCUGGCAAGUGUACAGCUCAGCCCAGGACAGUGAGGGACGGUGUAUAUGUACAGUGGUGGCCCCCCAGCAGACUAUGUGUUCCCGUGAUGCCAGGACAAAACAGCUGAGGCAGCUAUUAGAAAAGGUGCAAAACAUGUCUCAAUCAAUAGAGGUAUUGGACAGGCGAACCCAGAGAGAUUUACAAUAUGUGGAGAAGAUGGAAAACCAGAUGAAAGGGUUGGAGUCCAAAUUCAAGCAAGUGGAAGAGAGUCACAAGCAACAUCUUGCUAGGCAGUUUAAGGCAAUAAAAACGAAAAUGGAUGAACUUAGGCCUUUGAUACCAGUGUUGGAAGAGUACAAAGCCGAUGCCAAAUUGGUAUUGCAGUUUAAAGAGGAGGUCCAGAAUCUGACGUCAGUGCUUAACGAGCUGCAAGAGGAGAUUGGCGCCUAUGACUACGAUGAACUUCAGAGCAGAGUGUCAAAUCUUGAAGAAAGGCUCCGUGCAUGCAUGCAAAAAUUAGCUUGUGGCAAAUUAACAGGGAUCAGUGACCCAGUGACUAUAAAAACCUCUGGAUCAAGGUUUGGAUCCUGGAUGACAGACCCACUUGCACCAGAAGGUGAUAACAGGGUUUGGUACAUGGAUGGCUAUCACAACAAUCGGUUUGUCCGAGAGUACAAAUCCAUGAUUGAUUUUAUGAAUACAGACAAUUUCACCUCCCACCGCCUCCCUCACCCUUGGUCAGGGACAGGGCAGGUGGUCUACAAUGGGUCUAUUUAUUUCAAUAAAUUCCAAAGUCACAUCAUCAUCAGGUUUGACCUGAAAACAGAAUUAAUCCUCAAGACCCGAAGCCUGGAUUAUGCUGGCUACAACAACAUGUACCAUUAUGCCUGGGGAGGACAUUCAGAUAUUGAUCUCAUGGUGGAUGAGAAUGGACUAUGGGCCGUCUAUGCCACCAACCAGAAUGCGGGGAACAUAGUGAUCAGCAAGUUGGACCCCAACACCCUGCAGAUCCUCCAGACGUGGAAUACCAGCUACCCAAAGCGCAGUGCUGGUGAGGCCUUCAUUAUCUGUGGCACCCUCUACGUCACCAAUGGCUACUCAGGAGGCACCAAGGUCCACUAUGCAUACCAGACCAAUGCCUCAACCUAUGAAUAUAUUGACAUCCCAUUCCAGAACAAAUACUCACAUAUUUCCAUGUUGGAUUACAACCCAAAAGACAGGGCCCUUUAUGCGUGGAACAACGGGCAUCAGACCCUUUACAAUGUCACCCUCUUCCAUGUCAUCCGGUCUGAUGAGUUGUAGGGCCCUCAGAUCAUUAGUUUCAGGGCAAAGUCCUAACCCACAAGAAAACUCCUAUCAAACAACUGCCAAAAUAAUUAUAACUAAUAAGUAAUAAUAAUUUUAAAGAAUCAUCAGCAAUGUGGAUUAAUAUGAUGUUAGAGUGGUGAACGUUACCUCUGUGUUUCUAGAAUACGGGCCUGCCACAGACUUCAGAAGAAAACCACACAUUUGCAGCUGGAACUGCGGUCAAAAUGUUUCCCCGUCUCCCUUGUGCCCUUCUAGCCAACUCUUGUACUGUUGGAAGGCAAUGACUGUUGGAUAACUCUCUUUGGAGAACAGUCCCUCUGUCUGGAUUGCAUGGACUUUUUCUUAGAUCAUGGUCAACUUUGAUGGGUGUGAAUUUUGUGUCUAAGUGAGAGAGAAGCCCAGGGGCCAAACUAGGUGUCUGGUGAGACUAACACAGGUUAGUUUUCCUUGCAUUCCAUUGCAGCUACUGUCUCUCGACUGUGUUUUUGUCUCUUAGAUUAACUGUGCUGAGACCCAAGGUAGCUCCUGGAUCUUUGUCUUAGUACUUAUUAAACCCAAUGGUUGGAGUAUGUAUUCUGAACAGUUGUUGUACCCGUAUUGUUUGAAAUUAUGUAUUCAGCAAAUAUAUUGUAUAAUGUAUGUCUGUUACUUACCAGAGGUGGCAACUUUGUCUGUUCAGUUUAUGCAAUGAAUGUUGUAAAUGCGAUGCUGUAGUUUGGGUUAAUAAAUGAUGGUUUUGUUUCUACAAAGAAAAAAAAAUCAGUGUUUACCCUUAUACACAAUUAACUGAGUUCAUGUUGAUAAUAUUCGAAAGAAAUAAUUCUCUCCUUGUUACAGUAUCUAAAAAGCAUAGCCAUUGAUAAGAGAGUCUUUCAGGAACCUGGAGUUUCUAGGAAGAAGUUUUGAGAGUGCAACAUUGUGAAGGAAGCUACAUUUUUUCUAAAAGAGGAAAGCUUUGUACUACCCGUAGUUAACGAAGAAACAAUAAAAUAUUAGGAGAU